AUGAAUAUUACGGCAAACGCUACUGCCGAACCAUUGCUAUCGCCUCCAUUCCCCGAGCACCUAGCCUUCUACUCGAAAUCGGGAACACCAUCCAACGCCCAACGCCCAUUAUGCUUGCCUGCCAUUUAUCAACAUUCGACCGAUGAGAAAGUAACCACGACUCUCCGAUGUAUUGACCUGCAAAAUCCGACUUCAAUCCACGACUAUCUCCAACACGAGCUCGAUCUAUCUCGCUUGGACAAGAUCUUCAAGCACCUCUGGUGGGCAGGGCUACCACGAUUCGCACGACCUUUGCAUCAGCAGGUUGCGAUAGGCCGGAAGAUUGUCGUGACAGAACAUGUCGACUGCCACCUGGUAUGGAGUCGAGGCUUUAUCUUGGUCAAGCCUCUCCCCUCAUUUCUGCUGGACCAUGGGAUAUGGUCUGAACAUUUGUGCAAGCAUCAGCUGCUUUAUGAACAAGCCCGAGGUUUUCUGCUGACAUACCUGUGCCUGAUCUGCCACGAGAGUGACCUCAAAGUCGCGCACGACACAGGCUUGCUACCAGAUACCAUACACUGGCCUUGGUGGACUCAGUGGACGGCGGCAGUGGCCUCACACCUUCCCCACGACCAGCUUGAGCAUGUCCAUCCUCGUUACAUGUAUGCAGAGUUGCGACUCGACCGUUUGAGUCAGAUCUACGGCUUGUGCAGUAAAACCCGUAGUGUUGCGGCCCUCGUCCGUGGGUAUCACCAUGGGUACGCGGAUUACACCACCUUCAUGCAACGGAAUACUACAUGGUUUCUAUUGGCAGUGGUCUACAUGACCAUCGUUUUGACGGCCAUGCAGGUUGGACUCGGCACGGAGCAAUUGCAUGACAAUGAGUCCUUCCAUCGAGCAUCUUAUGGCUUCACGGUCUUUACUAUCCUUGCACCGUUGCUGGUCUUUGGAACCAUGAUGUUGAUCGUGCUUGUUCUCUUCAUACAUAACAUGUGGUACACUCUUGGGAAGCAGAAAACAAGAUAA